CGAAAAUGAGAGUGAAGUAGUAUCUAGACAGAAUGAAUCAAAAAAGAGGAAAAAGUACGGCAGAAUGAGAGAUGUCAUGAAAAAGAUUAGACUGCAGAGCCACGAGAACUCCUACUUAUGUGGAUUGAUUACGGUACUCCUCAUUCGCCGAAGAAGGCCUAGGAAAGAUGAAGACGUAGCAAAUUUGAGAAGUAGUGCAUAUUCUUACAGGGUACGUUUUAGAACUGAUAAUAGCUUACAGGAAAUAAAUAUUUGUAGACAAGCUUUUAUGUCUGUUCAUGGAAUAAAGAAAAAAAAAUUAGAGAUACUACAAAAGUCACUAAAAAUGACUGGAGUCGCUCCAAAAGAUAAAAAAGGAGAAAAUAAAAACCAUCCUAGAAAAUUUGAUGCUCACGUUCUUGCAGCAAUAUACGAACAUAUAAAGUCAUUUAAAGGCAGGAAAAGCCACUACAGUGUGAAGGAUAGUAGAAAAUUAUACUUACCUGAAGACUUAAACAUAAAAAAGAUGUUCAAAAUGUUUUGCGAGUUGAACCCUUCUAUGAAAGUAUCUUACGAGUCAUACAGGACAGUCUUUAAUACAAAAUUCAACAUAGCCUUUGGAUAUCCCAGGACCGAUACAUGUAGUUCUUGCGAUGAGUUUCUUAUAAAAAUAAAAUCUCUUCAGUCUGAUGUUUUAAAGAGUAUGGAUAUUGCUCAAAAAGAACGCUUUCAAAAGGAAAUACGCCAUAUUACAAUACAAAAUGAUGUACACAAAAGAAAGGCUGAGGAUCAUUGUUAUUUGGACGACAUUCCAUCAGCUAAUGCUGAGAUACGAAAUAUCUUUUUGUAUCUUAGUGCAAGUGAAGAAGGGCGCAAUAUCAAAUUCCUAUUACCAAAUACAUUUACAAAAGUAGUGUCCAUUUCAUGA